UCACUCGCCAUCUGAAUUCUGAAUGUAAUCUGAAACAUGUGCACGAGCGGCGCAGCGAUUAGUUACGUUAGACGGACUUUUAAUUUUGUUCGAAUUAGGUGACCUUCGGACUUGGUAUGGCGAUGUUAUAUCGGACUUCGUGAGAAAGAUUAGAAAUAACUAGUCCAUGUCUAAAUGUCAGAAUGAGUUAGCUUUUCAUCGGUGAAUUUCAUGAGCAGGUUAUAUUUUAUCAAAAUACCAUUAUUGUGAAAGGGUGUUCGGUGAUUGUCGACAGAUAAUAUUUGUGUGAAGAGUAAAUAGUUUGAUAAACGAAACUACGUAACAAGUCGUAUUAGGGUUAUAACAGUUUUAAGAUAUGUUAAGAUGUUCAGAUCAAGGUACUGUCAUCGUGGUUUGUCGGCUGUAAAUAGAGUCCUUGAUCGAACCAGAAACAUCGACCAUAACCUCGCAUCUUUUAUUCGCUGUAAAUCCGGCAAUACUGUUGUGACAAUCGGACAAGUUUCCAAGCAAGUGAAACCUGGUUUGAAUCCUGAGUACGUUCCACGAAAAUAUCUAAUUGGGGAAUCGAGUCAAGAAGAAUUACGACAUCUGAAAUGGAUGCUUCAAAAGGAUCUGUUAGGACAGGACAUAUUUUUGGUCGGUGGUCCAGGCCCAAGAAGGCGCACCUUGGCUCUGGCGUAUCUGGAGCUGACGGGAAGAGAGGCCGAGUUCAUAUCCUUAUCUCGAGAUACAACGGAGGCAGACCUGAAACAGCGUAGAGAGAUCGAGCGCGGGACUGCCAACUACAAGGAUCAGGGAGCAGUAAGAGCCGCCGUCAACGGCAGAGUUCUAAUUUUGGAGGGUGUGGAAAAGGCCGAAAGAAAUGUUCUUCCAGUUUUGAAUAAUCUGCUUGAGAAUCGCGAGAUGCACUUAGAAGAUGGUAGAUUCCUCGUCCCUGCUUCGCGGUACGAUAAGCUUCUGCAGAAUCAUACUAAAGAGGAAUUGGAUUCUUGGAGGCUUGUACGUGUCAGCGAAGACUUUCGAGUCGUUGCCCUUGGCCUACCUUCCUCUCGGUAUCCUGGACAUCCCCUUGAUCCACCACUGAGAUCACGAUUCCAAGCUCGACACAUUCCUCAAACUUCAUUUAAGGAUCAGUUGGAAAGUUUAAAGGCGAUCGCUCCGGACGUCGAUAGUGCGAUAUUGUCGCAGCUUUUGUCAUGCUGCCAUGCACUCGUCACCGACGACGCCGUCAAUCUUGGGCUUCCAGAUUUUCCAUUAGACAAUCUUUCGGCCGUCGCAAAAAUUUUGAAUAGUUUUCGGGUUCUCGAACCAUACGAUGCUUUCUACAGUCUUUAUCCCUAUAAACUCUUCCUCGGCAAAGAAGGCAGAGACGCUGUAGAAGAUAUUCUGAAGACUUUUGGUUUACUGGACUCGUCAACUGCUAAGAAAAGGUCGACAAAUCUGCGAAUUCUCAACUCAGAGAUUACGAGUCACAAUUCCGCUCAAGUUCGUCUAGAGAACAACCACUCCUCAGAAUUGACUUUUGAGGUCCCAGCAGGUUCUGCAAAGAAUCUAGUCGACACUCGAUCUGAGUUUGUCGAAACAAACUACCAAAGCAAUCUCUUAGCUCGAAUGAUGCGGUCGCACUUAGCCACUGAUUUCUGCCUGAUAGGGCCAAAGGGUUGCGGAAAAUCUACAACAGUGAAAAGACUGGCGCAAAUUUUGGGAUAUCAAAUCGAACCCAUUGUACUUUAUCAGGAUAUGACUUCUAGGGAUCUCAUCCAGCAACGGACUACACUGCCUAAUGGUGACACAAUAUGGAUCGAUUCUCCAUUGGUCCAAGCAGCUCUGGACGGAAAGUUGGCCAUCCUCGAUGGAAUUCAUAGAAUACAUCCAAGUACGUUAGCUGUUGUGUAUAGGCUAGUUCACGACCGAGAGCUUCAACUACAUGAUGGUAAGCGAUUGAUCAGGGCCGAUCGCUAUGAGGCGGUGAAGAAAGAUGAGCAAAAAUCUGAUGAGGAUCUUGCCAAGUCGGGAAUAUUCAAAAUCCAUCCUUCCUUUAGAAUAAUCGCAUUAGCUGAACCCCCUGUACUCAACACCGCGUCCGGUCAGUGGUUAAACUCCGAGCUGCUCAGUUUGUUUUUGUUCCAUGAAAUGCGGCCUUUAGGCGAAUCGGAAGAAAUACAUAUAAUAGAAGCAAAGUAUGGCACGAGCAGCAAACCAUUGCUUGACGUUGUGAAGCUGACACACAAUCUAAGAUCUUCAUCAGAUCCGACUCUGCAGUCUCUGGCUAGUUCGCUCAGCACUCGACAACUUCUCAGAAUAGCGAAUAGAAUGCAAAAGUUCCGUGAUGACAACGCUUAUGACGCAGUGCAGAGGGCUUGUUUGGCUCGUUUUUUACCAGCAAUACCGAAACAGGCCUUAGAAGAUAGUCUAGCCGCUGUUGGUAUUCAGACCUCGAAAAAAGAGACUCAUUCUCUCACUGCUAAAUGCGAAGUUAUUGGUGAUGUUGUCAAAAUCGGCGAGACAACAGUGCAAAGGUACAAGACUGAAGCCUUGACCAAGGUUCCGGAUGUGCUUUUUUACGAUGUUCCACAGCAUGUUGCACUGCUCGAGCAUCUGCUCCAGGAUUUUACACUUGGCGAAAAUAUACUCCUUGUGGGUAACCAGGGUGUUGGUAAAAAUAAGAUCAUCGACCGGCUUCUGCAGCUCAUGAACAGACCAAGGGAGUACAUUCAGCUUCACAGGGAUACUACUGUUCAAACUUUAACACUUCAGCCCAUGGUCAAGGACGGUGUUGUUGUUUACGAAGACUCGCCGCUUGUUCAGGCUGUCAAACUUGGGCAUGUGCUCGUUGUUGAUGAAGCUGAUAAGGCUCCGACUCACGUGACGUGCAUUUUGAAGACGUUGGUUGAGUCUGGUGAGAUGAUUCUAUCAGAUGGUCGCCGAAUCGUGCCACCUCUUUCAAUGGAUAAUACAUCAGAAAAAAUCAUACGAAUGCAUCCAGAUUUCCGUAUGAUAGUGUUAGCUAAUCGCCCGGGAUUUCCAUUCUUGGGAAAUGACUUCUUUGGAGCUCUUGGAGAUCUCUUUAGCACACUCUCUGUUGACAAUCCUAGUAUUGAAAGCGAAAUUCAACUCCUAAAGAAGUACGGACCAGAUGUUGAAGACAAGGUGAUUCAGAAACUAGUCAAAGCCUUCGGUGAGCUCAGAAGCAUGGCUGAUCAAGGACUGGUUUCAUAUCCGUACUCUACAAGAGAGGUAGUCAACAUUGUCAAACACCUACAGAAAUUCCCGAAUGAAUCACUGGGUACUGUGGUACGGAACGUAUUCGACUUUGACAGAUACACCCAGGAAGUUUUUGAGACCCUUGUUUCAGUCCUGCACAAGCAUGGGAUCCCACUAGGCACCAGUGCAAAGAACGUGGCUUUAGCUAAAGAAAUAUCCCUCCCAGGAAUAAAGUUUGCGGGAAGUUGGAGCAUCGUUAAUCGGCCAAAAACCCUUGCCGUUCAAGAGCGCUUCGUCAAAUAUAAAGCUCCAUCCUUCCCUGUUAGAAGAAAUCACGUAUUGGAUCGAAUCGAGGCAAGGUCAGCGUGGUUUACGGAACUUCAAAGCUACUGGACCGUUCCAUUAAGCGAGACAGGGACUGUCGCUGCUUUGGCCAUCAGCCCAGGCAUAAAAGGGGAUUCUUCUGAUGAUGUGAUUCAUGUUCUCACAGCGAAUCCUCUCUCCAUAUUUAGUAUGACUUCACAAUCGGAAAACAUUAACGAAAUUUCGAUACAAGGAAUGAUCAGUCCGGCUCGUGGUAACAGGCCGCAGUUCACAAUGACAUCUGACAACUCUGGAAACAUUUUGGUGCACGAAGAAACUUCCAAUUCCGUUCUAUCCGUGAACCCUGAGAAUGGAGCAGUCCGUACGUUGCAAUUAUCAUCAUUCCUUGAAUCUGCGGGUGAAACUUUCUCUCGAGCUUUGGGAAGUGGUGGAAAUUUGAGCUGGAAGCUUAAGACAGAUUUAGUGCGUUCCGAUGAUAAAUUAGUCUUCUUUGCCGCUAAUGGAAAUAAGCUUGAAGUCGUUGACUUGAAAACAAUGAGUGCGUACUUGAUCACCGUGCCAUUCAACAUAGACUCAAUCGUUUUGUCGUCACCUGGUAAAUGGCUAGUUCAGGAUACUUCAAGUGGAAAAUAUGUGCUAGAAAAAACCUCCGAAUCUUUGCCCUGUCCAAACGUACUCAAAGACGUUGACUUGACUGGUUUUGACGGUCAAAAGACAGGUUGGCUGCUCGGUGGAAGCUCGGAACAAAUUGCGGACAGUAUACUGAGUGAAGCUUUACAGCAGAAGAUAGAAUCCCCUAAUAGAUUGCUGGCGACUGAUACAACCUACGCAACUAUCGCCGUUGGAUUCCCAGAGUUGGAUAGCUCAAACGAACUUUAUUACUGGCCACGGAAUGGACGUGUCAGGGGAUUCUCACCACCUAUCGUGUCUAGUAGUGGUCAAAUAAUCAAAACAGUCUCCUCUGAACAAGUGCCGCCAGAUGUACUCCCCGAAGGAAAAAAACAGCCUGGAAUCACCGGCUAUCUCGAGAUCGUUGAUGUUGGACUUCGCAAACUUCGUUACAUACCGAUACCGGAGCCAGCUAAAGUAUCCGCAGUGACUCAGUGGCUCUAUACUACCAACUUGCCAGUUUACGCAGCACCCACUUCGAAUCAAGAUCUGGUCACGAUAGAUGCUGGUGGUUGUAUCCGACUGUGGGAAACGUCGUUGCUUAAUAUUGAAAAAUCACUGGGUGCAUGGCGAAAGAUGGUUGGCAGUGACGGUGAAUACCUACAAAUUACAAAGCAGAGAGACUCUGGGCUGGAUGUGAGUGGGCCGAAGCAUGGAAAACUUGAUGACAAAAACGAACCACACGUUGGUGGCAAUACUUGGGCUGGCGGAACCGGAGGAAGAGAUACAGCUGGGCUCGGUGGUAAAGGGGGUCCUUAUCGUCUGGAUGCUGGACAUACCGUGCAUCAGCUGAGUGAUGAAGAGAAAAAUGCAGUGCCUGAGCAUGUAAAGAAGGCUGCACGUGAAAUGGGACUUAAAGCGUUCAAGCAGCGGCUAAAAGAUAUUCGAAUGAGUGAAUAUGACCACAACCUUUACAGCCAGUUCAGCAACGCAGUUCAUAAGGAAGUGAAAGCACUCAGGGUGAUUCUGGGAAGUCUGCAGGCAAAGAGCAAUGAGCGUCAGUGGUGCAGACAUCAGACGUCGGGUGAAUUGGAUGACACUAAAUUGAUUGAAGGAUUGACAGGAGAAAGGACUAUAUAUAGACGAAGAGCUGAAAAAGAACCUGAAAUUGGCGCCCCGCAAUUGAAGCCAAAGAGAUUGAAACUAAUUGUUGAUGUUUCUGGUAGUAUGUACAGAUUCAACAGCUACGAUGGUAGACUGGACCGAGAAAUGGAGGCUUGUAUCAUGGUCAUGGAGGCCUUUGAUGGGUACGAAGGGAAAUUCCAAUAUGACAUUAUUGGUCACUCUGGAGACGAUUAUCAUAUCACUUUUGUUCAUCAUACUCAACCACCAACGGACAAUAAACAGCGACUCGAGGUGAUCAAGACAAUGCACGCACAUUCUCAAUUUUGCGCGUCCGGUGAUCACACAUUGGAAGCAACACAGCACGCCAUAUCAUCCCUGGCAAAAGAAGAUUCGGAUGAAUCCAUCGUUGUCGUAUUCUCCGAUGCAAAUUUAGAACGAUAUGGCAUUCGACCUGAAAGAUUUUCCAAAGUUCUGACGUCUAAUACUGACAUCAAUGCUUACGCUAUUUUCAUUGGUUCUUUGGGAGACCAAGCUACAAGGUUGACGCAGAAGUUGCCCUCUGGCAAGGCGUUCAUCUGCAUGGACUUGAAGAACAUACCCAAAAUAUUACAACAGAUAUUUGCUGCUUCUGUGUUGAGCACGGUUCGAUAAAAUAUUUAUCACAAUGUUACCAUUUAUAAUUUAUUAUCCUGCUGAUAUGAAUAUACUGUACAUAAUGCUUGUUAUACCUAACGUGUGUGUACUGUACAGAAAACUGUAUUUUUGCAAGAUCUCGUCCAUAAUUACGUACUCAACAUCAAUUUUCAUAUAUUUGCAAUAUUAAUACUCAGUUUCAAUUUUAAA